AUGUCUCUCAUCCCUAAUCAAACAUCUAUAUUUAAUUUACUAGAAAAAGAAAAUGGAAAAGUUAUCAAAAAUACAAUUGAAAAAAGGAGAGAAUCUUCUAAAUGUGCUGCUAGAGAGAGGCGUGGGAAGGAAACAUGUAUCUUUGAUGAGUUAAAAUAUGAAGUUCCAGUAGUUAAUGAAGCAACAGUAACACAUGUUGAUAGAAUUGCAUUAUUACGUGUUGCAGCAACAUUAUGUCGUUUAAGAAAAAAUGGAUCAAGUCUUUUUUUAACAUCAGAUAAUAAAAAUGUUUGUAAAAAUAAAUAUGAUAGUAGUUUGUAUAACGAAACAUCACUUUAUGAAAUAUUAGAUGGUUUUAUUCUUGUAAUUGAUAGUGAUGAUACAAUUUUAUAUUCAACAGAAUCAAUUUCAAUGUAUCUUGGAUUAACACAAACUGAUGUUGUGGGGCAUACAUUAAAAGAAUAUUGUCAUAGUGUUGAUCAUUCAAGAUUAGUUAAUAAUAUACAAUCAUUACGUUAUGAUGGAACAUGUAAAACAUCAGUAUGUCUUAGAAUGAAAACAGUUGUCUCUCCAAGAGGAAGAAAUUUAAAUUUAAAAUCAGCAAUUAUGAAAUCAACACAAUGUACAAUAAAAUGUUUACGUUUAUCAUCAGGAUGGUUAUCAUUAUUGUAUAUAUCAACAGAACCAGUUGGAAAUGGUAGUAUUACACAAAAUGUUACUGUUUUAGCUAAAAUAACACAUGAUGAAGGCAAUGGAACUUUUGUUACAAGACAUACAUGUGAUAUGAGAUUUAGUUUUGUAGGAGAAAAUUUUAAUUCAUUAUUAAAAAAAGAUAGUAGAAGUAUGGUUGGAACAUCAUUUUAUGAUUUAAUUCAUCCAGCAGAUGUAUUAGAAGUUGGAACAUCUAUAAAAAAUUUAUUUGAAACAGGGCAUGUACAAACAAUAUAUUAUAGAUUAAUUGCACCUGAAGAUUCACUUGUAUAUUGGAUGGUAACAAUAUGUAAUACUGUAAAACAUACUUCUAAAGGGCAAAAAGGACAAUAUGUUAUAUGUAUGCAUUAUUAUUUAGGAUCUCAAAAAGAAGAUGAAUCUUAUAUGGCUGUAAGAAGUAGUGAAGUCUCACACCAAAAAACUAACAUUCCUAGUAAAACUAACCAACUUAUUUAUGAUGUUCAUGAUGGUAAUAAUGAUGAUGAUACUCAUAAUACAGAGGCUAAUGAGGAGAAUUUUAUUGGGUUAGCACCAAAAUUUGUAGAGUGUAGUGAUUUUAUAUUACAAUCACCAUGUCUACCAUUAUUUCUUGAAGAAGAUUCCAUUCCUAAUGAUUUUCAUGAUUUAUUUAAUAAUUUAUUGAUUCCACGCAUAUUUUUCCUUUUUUAUUUUAUUAUAUAUUUUAAUAAUAAUAAUAAUAUAUUUUUAGAAUCAUCAAUCAAAAGAAAAUCAAGUUAUAAAGCCUUACUCGCCUAUCUCAUCAAUGAUGAAGAUGAAGCCAACAAAUAUGAAGAUAGUUCCAUUAGAACCACUACCAGAAGACCAUUUUUUACAACCUCUUCAAUUUCUUCACCAAACACAUGUUUAUCCUCUCAAAAAUGCGAAGGAGCCUCCCCAGAUAGUGUCGAUUCAGGAUUCUCAGGAGAUUCAAAUGAACAAAUUAAACAAGAAUCAACUAAUUCAAGAACAUUUACAACAUCAAGAGGUAACAAUUUCGUCUUUUUAUCCGAUUUUUAUGAACAAUAUCAAGAUACCAUGUCCGAUGAUGUCACCGGAACAACUGGAAUCUUCAACAAUACCUCUUUGUACACCAAUGUGUCUACUCCCACUACUCCCGUUACCAAUAUUGAUAGGAUAAAUGAAAGAGAACAAAAUAUGGAGUAUGAUGAAGAUGUCUUUUAUUAUUCAGCUUCAAAUACAUUAAGUGAUUGGGAUCCAAAAGGAAGAGCGCCAUUUGUUUCAGUUGAACAGAUAACACAAUUAGAAUCUGAUGAUAGUUUGUUAGAAUUUUUUUUACCCACUGAAUUUAGUUAG